CUAGGCUACUUGAAAUGUGAUGCGAGCAGUACUUCCCAUAGACAGUAUAUGGUAGUUCCAGGUUUUGUGAACUUAUUUAAGUGUUUUCCUGGUUUCCAAUCGUUUUCAACCCGAAGUGCGAUAGCAUCUCUGGACUGGGUGGAGAUACGCCUCCAAUGGAAAAUCAAAUGGCAGGACAUGCAAGCCAAUGAGUAAUCCGUAAAUUUAGCACAACAAAAAUGGCGUCGGUCUCCAAUAAAGGGUACGAAAUAUGCUCCAGUGAGUGAAAACUGAUUGUACGUAACUGUAACGUAUAAUCGAUUCAAAUAAAUCGCUAUUUUUUUUUUAAGUUAGUUGGCUAUUCGCAGGUUUUCCCAACAACAAAGCCGUGCAUUUGUUUAGCGUGUGACGUCCACUCCUACCACGUUGACGCUAAUGUUAGAUUGGCAGAGCUCUUUUCCUUUAGGCUCUUUAGUUAGAGUUAGCCAACAUGGCGACCGUGGAACGUUAAAGCAAACCAAUACAUCCAUGAAGCAAACGGACUAUGAGUGCCAACAAAAUGAGGGUCCCCCGAUGCUGCAUGGGGCUCCGGCGAGCCUAUUUGGUUUGGCCAAUCCUGCUGCUACUCCUGGUUGGUGCAGCCUUGACCGCUCUGCUGCCCCCUGCUGAGGACCAAGGAGGUGUUGGUGGUGGUGGCCUAGGAGUGCUAAAAAAUAAUCCUACACAGGACCACCAUAGUGACAGCAUAGAGGAGGAGCACAGGUUCACCAUCAUCAUCCAAACUUACAACCGCACAGACAUUUUGCUCAAACUUCUAAACCAUUACCAGGCAGCGCCUCAUCUUCAGCAGAUUAUCAUAGUCUGGAACAACAUUGGGGAGCAGACACCCCUAAAGUUAUGGAACUCUUUGGGGCCUCAUCCGGUCCCUCUGGUCUUCAAGGAGCAGACUAUCAAUAACAUGCGCAACAGACUACAACCAUUCCCUGAGAUUGAUACUGAUGCUGUGCUGAUGCUGGAUGACGACACACUGGUCAGUGUUCCCGACAUCAGUUUUGCUUUCUCUGUCUGGAAGCAAUUUCCAGACCAGAUUGUUGGGUUCGUCCCACGCAAACAUGUCUCAACAGCAGGAGGAGUGUACAGUUACGGCAGUUUUGAACUGCAGGACCCAGAAGCAGCUGGAGGUGACCAGUACUCCAUGGUGUUAGUUGGUGCUGCCUUCUUCCACCGCCGCUACCUGCAGCUCUUCCAGGACCAACCUCAAGCAGUGCAUGCACUGGUGGAUGAAACACAGAAUUGUGACGACAUUGCCAUGAACUUUGCUGUAGCGCUGUAUUUGAGGAAACACUCUAUAGGCAAGGUUAACAGACCCUCUGGGGUCUUUGUCAAACCUGUAGACCUCCGCAACCUGGAAAAGGACGCCAGGAGCGGGUACCAGGGUAUGUGGCAUCGUCCUGAACACCUUCUUCAGAGGUCCUACUGUAUGAACAGGCUGACACGGAUCUAUGGCUUCAUGCCACUCUGCUUCUCCAACCUGAUGGUCUCCCAGUUUGGCUUCCCCAGCUACGCCAACCAUAAGAGUAGAGGCUGAGCUGCCACACAGCUGACUUUUUUUGGAUUGAAAGAAGACAGACUCAAGACUAUCAUGGAUUUCGGACAAUCACAAUUUUCUACACAUGGCCCAGUCUGAGGAAACGUCUAUAUUUGAUAAGGUAAUCUCUAUAUCAUUACCAAAACUGCCUUUCUUUCAGUGUGAACAACUCUCUCAGUGGAUUGUUGUAGUGGUUGUUUUACGACCAGCAGGUGUUUGACAAUUUGCCUCGUUUGUAACCAUGAUUUACAGCUCUCUGAUGCUGUCGCGUUCACAUUUGUUUUUACUACAUUUAUAGUUGUUUAUGGAAUGUCACUUUUCUGGUGAGCUUGUAUAUGUAUGUGUAGUUACUGUGUCCCUAGCAAAGUGUGAAUUUAUAGAAUAAAAUACAGGUAUUUUGUACAUUCUAGGUAAUUCCUACUAUGCAUGCAUAGACAAUCUUUUUUUUAAAUUUUUUUUAUAAAUGUGUGCACAUUAUAAAGACUGUAUCAUGUUAAA